AUGAUGAUGACGAACCCUUUCGACCCCACACACGCAGUUCUCUCGGAUGGAAUUAAAGUAAUUCAGAUUAACCUGAAUCACUGUUGGGCUGCACAACAAUUGCUUCUCCAGACAAUGGCAGAAUUGCAAUCUAGUAUUGCAAUCAUUAGCGAUUACUAUAGACCAAUGGGUGGCGAUGAACGGUGGUUCAAUAGUGUCGACGGAAAAUCUGCAAUCUUCGUAACGGGUAAUCCAUGUCCCACUAUUACUCAUCACGGCGCCGGACCAGGUUUCGUUUGGGUAAGAAUCGACAACUUAGUACUAUAUAGCUGUUAUUGCAGCCCUAACUGCACUCUGCAAGAGUUUGACGCUUUCCUUGGCGGCCUCGAAGCGUCCAUCCGCCUACAACCCUGUAGACAGGUAAACCUUGUAGUGGCCGGUGAUCUAAACGCGCACUCUGCCGAAUGGGGAUCGGCCAGGCAAGGUGCGAGAGGGUCACUACUUUCGGACUUUGUGUCGUCCCUCGGCAUGGUAGUCAGCAAUAGAGGCUCCGUACCCACAUAUAGAAGGGUGAAUGCAAGCUCGGUUGUCGAUGUCACCCUUGCUAAAUCUCUACCCAACAAUCACCCGUUGGUAAAAGACUGGAAGGCGCUGGAACACGUAUACUCGGCCAGCGAUCAUGUGUACAUCUCCUACGCAAUCGCGCUACCAGAACGUCGCACAAACAAUAACCCAGUCAGAGUUGCGGUCGCAGGUUGGUCGAUUAAAAAACUCAACCCGGCGUUGCUGGACCUACAUUGGGGUCUAGUGCUUCCCCCCCUCCCGCCGUCAGCAGGCGCGUCGGCAGACUGUCAUGCAGAUAGCCUCAACAGCUUUCUAACAGAAGUUUGCAAGGCGGCGAUGCCACCAAGAGCAGCGCUGACGGGGAAAAAAUCUGUGCAUUGGUGGAACGCCGAGAUUGCCGAACUACGCAGGAUUGCCAUUGCCGCCCUAAGGAGGUAUCAGCGCGCAGGCCGCAGAUCAGGUGCUCCACUACGGGUGGCUGAACGUGAAGCUUAUAACACGGCUAGGAUGAACAUCAAGAAGGCAAUUAGACAGGCGCAGGAAAAAAGCUGGCAUGAGCUGUGUCUUGCAGUCAAUAAUGACCCCUGGGGCGUCCCUUACAGGCUGGUUACAAAGAGGCUUGGGCGUCGCGCUCCUGCCAUGGAUCUGGUGACUGUAAGCAACGUGGCACAUGGCCUUUUUCCGUCGCCACCAGCUACGGACUGGGUUCACAUCCCCCUGUCUAUACAGCAGUCGUCAGUCUUAAUUGAUCUAUCCGAUUGUGCACCAAUGGCGCCACCAAUUACUGCGCACGAAGUCAAGUGCGCAGUCGAUAGACUGCCAUCUGGUAAGGCGCCAGGGCCAGAUCAGGUGCCAAAUGAGAUAAUAAAGUUGGCCUUCGCCAAGUUUCCGGAGAGAUUCAUAAAUUGCUAUAACGCGUGCCUAACUAAUAGGACCUUCCCAUCCCGGUGGAAAUGUGCAAAACUAGUACUGCUACAUAAGGGCCAGGGUAAGGCACGGGACCUGCCCUCCAGCUACCGGCCGAUUAGCCUGCUAGAUGGGGCCGGCAAGGUGUUCGAAAGGGUGCUGUUAAACCGACUCGAGGCCCAUAUCACUCGGGUCGGCGCAAUUAGUGACUCCCAAUUUGGGUUUAGACGGACGAAAUCAACCACGGACGCAAUAGAGGGAGUCAUGAAGACGGCUCACGAAGCGAACCACGGCCCAGUUCGAGCCAGGAAACUAUGUGUCCUCAUUACCCUGGACGUGAGGAAUGCCUUUAACUCUGCGCCUUGGAGGCUUAUCGAUGAGGCACUGAGGAAAUCCGUAGUCCCCAAGUACUUAGUUGAGAUAAUGCGUUCCUACAUGCAGGCCAGGAAUCUGAAAAUAACCGAUGACAUUAACAUGGGGGUAACAUGCGGGGUCCCGCAAGGAUCAGUCCUCGGCCCCACACUGUGGAACCUUUUUUAUGACGGUGUGCUGCGCAUCCCAAUGAGAAUGGCGCCAAGCUAA